AUGAAUCCAGAGUAUCAAAGAAUAAAAUUUAUAUUUACUAGUUUGGAAAAAUUUAUCAUUAUGGUAUUUCGACAAUAAAAACUAGGAUUUUAACAUGAAGAUUGCCUUAUCAGAUUUGAAAAAUACUUUUACAAAUGUUUUAAAGAUAGAUUUAUUUUCAAAAUAACCUCAGUUUUUUAUUUCUAAAGGCUUUCAUUCUAUUUAAUUAAACUCUCAUCAAAGUUUAAGUGGCCAAACCAUAUAGAAUUUCAAUUAAAAGGAUUAGAAUCCCCUAGAGAUUAUAGUAAAAUUUCAUGAAGAAGGAGCAUGA